AAAUAACAACGUUAUAUUCAGUCCGUUCUUUACUCAUUACUUGUGUAGUCGCGUUUAUCAUGUAUCGUCUUCUAACUUUGUUAAUAAUAUUGACGAUAGUGGAUCAGAACAUAGGAUACCAUCGCAAACACCGAAACUUCCGUUUCCACCCCUAUCCUCGUCGACAUCAUUACAACGUACCUUAUGAAGCUGAAGAAGAAAAUAUUAAUGAUUAUCUCCAUGGAUUAGAAAAACAUAUCCCGAACUUUGAUUUCAAAAUGAACUGUAAUGACCCCACAACAGCUAUACCGACAAUCGUAUACGGAGUUGAAAACUGCGUUUUUAAAUACGCAGUACCAAUGACAGCAGAUUUUAAUAUAGACGUGAGUAUACGAGGUGAAACUUUAAGACUAUCGGUCAUAAUCGUCACCGAUGGUGGCAUAUUCAAUUAUUUGACCGAUUCAAGAACUCUACCGGAAAUCUUGGACUUCGAUAGAGCAGUUUGGACGAUUAAGCGAGGUCUAUUAAGCGUAACGUUACCGUACAAAGUGCCACUUGGAACGGAAUUUAAGCCGCCAUGUAACACGGUUGAUAAUGAAAUUGUAGUGCCGUACAUAGAAACAGCAGAAGAAUCAUUAUUUGAGUACAGAUAACUAUGUGAUAUUUAAAGAAUUAUUAGUUUCAACUUUAUCUUCUAUACGUAUAGAUAAAAAUGGAUACCUAAACGUGUUACAUUAUGUUCUUUACUAAUACUUUGUAGAAGGUCCGACUACAAACAAAUAAGACAUUUGAGAAUUUCAGAAGAGGUAAUGGUUAUUUAAACUACGCGUUUGACAGUCAGCAAGAUAAGACAAAUUCUGUUGCGUCAGUUUGUAUGUAAAUAGCAAUAAAUUUUACUCAAACGAA